AUGGCGAAACGUUUAUCCAUGGAAGAUCUGAUUAAAAAAUAUCAAUAUCUUAAAACAAAUCAACAAAUUUCAUCAAGAACAGAAACAAAUCAAAAAACACAUGAAACAGACAAAAUAUUUGAUGAAGAAUAUUCAAAAUACUCAAAAUCAUCGUCUAUGUCACAUGAUGAAACAAGAGCAUCAGCUCAAUCUAGAUUAUCAAAUGCUCCUUUGGAAUCAUCAUCUGCUUCAAAUUCUGAAGAUGCUUGCAAAGUGUGUUUGGAUGCUGAAGCUAAUUGUGCAUUUAUUGAAUGUGGUCAUAUUGUAUCAUGUCUUAAUUGUGCUAAAUUAUUAACAAGAUGUCCUGUUUGCCGCGAAACUAUAAAACGAACAUUACGUGUUUACAAAUCCUAA